GUCAUCCUGAUUGUUUAUCAAAGGUUCCAACAUGACCGGGGGGCGAUCAAACGCGACGCUGCUGAAGGGGCGCAUUGAAAACAAAAUCCUGUACUCUCCGUACCCGAAGCUGAAAAUUCCCCUGUGUUCCGUGUACACCUGCGUCAAAUCGUUCCUCAGCGUUGCCGGCAACAGGAUUGUGGCGGUGGACUACACCACCAGUUAUACCCGCCAAGAGCUUCUUCGUGCGUUGGAGCGGUAUGCUGCGGGCUUCCAGUCUCAAGGAUUGAAAAUGGGCGACCACGUCUGUGUACACAUGCGGAACUCAGUCGACGCGUUCGUCACUGUGUUCAGCCUCAUCUUCGCAGGCGCCACCAUCGUGCUGGCAAAAAGUUCGCUCACGCACCGAGAGCUGCUGUACCAGAUGACCGAUGGAGAUGCAAAGUAUAUUGUGACCGACCCGCCGAAUGCGGAUAAAGUGCGCAAGGUGUGCGACGAAAUGAAGAUGCCCGAGAAGGCCCGCUUUAUACUGGGCGAGGCACCCGGCUUCACUUCAAUUCUGGGCUUCGCGCUCAUGGACCCGAAGCAGUUCCGUGAAGUACCUGUGCCUGACCCCCGGAACACAAUUGCGGGCAUCAGCUACACCUCGGGCACCACGGGCCUGCCCAAGGGUGUCGAGAUCACGCACUUCUCCUUCGUCGCAAACAUUGUGCUCUCUAAAGACAUCACGGCAUCUGACGAGACGGAUGUGUUCCUCGCGUGGAACCCAAUCACGCACAUGUCCGGCUUCUUGUUCACCAUGCUUGGGAUCUGCAUCGGCUCCACGUGUGUCAUUGUCUCGCCUGCGCUAACUUUCAACCAAUUCGUCGACGUCUGCAACAAGUACCAGGUAUCAUCGGUGUUCAGCUUCGCGAGCCGACUGCAAAACCUCGUGAACGAGAUGCUUCGCACGAACAUAAAGCUGGAGCAGGUUCGCAAGCUGUCCGUCGGUGGUAGCCUGGUGACCGAGACACUGGCCCGCAGAGCCAUCCAAGCGUUUCCCAUGCUUCACAACUUUCGAAAUUUUUACGGUAUGACCGAAACCUGCGGCCUCAUCGCAAAUCCGGGCCAGGAUGAGAUCGACUUUGUAGACCUCGGAGUACCCAGCACCUCCACCACUUGA